CACCGCGGCUGCAUUUCACUCUACUUCGUGCUCUUCGCUCUAGCGAUUAAUUAGCAUAAACUCUUCAAAUCUGUUUUUUAGAAACAAAAUUGCAAGAACUCCCUCUAGAAUCUUCUUCGAUCUCUGGAAAUACGAGCGAAAUUGAUCGAAUCACCAAGAAAAAAAGGCGACUUUGACUCUGAUAUUUUGAGGAGUUAUCUGCGUUAUUAGGUGAAGAAAUGGAAGAUGAACAGGAACAGCAGAAACACAAUAUAGAUCAAGAUGAUGAAAAUGAAAUAGUAGCCGAAGGUGCAUCUGUUGUUCACGGGGAGCCUCCGAGCGAUGGCAAUGCCCCACCAAAAGUUGAUUCUGAGGCGGAAAUUCUUCAGGAGAAAGUUACGAAACAGAUUGUUAAGGAAGGUCACGGUCAGAAGCCGUCCAAAUAUGCAACAUGCUUUUUGCAUUAUCGGGCAUGGACCGAAAGCACUCAGCACAAAUUCGAGGACACUUGGAAUGAACAACAGCCCCUUGAACUUGUAUUAGGAAAAGAAAAGAAAGAAAUGACUGGCUUGAGCAUCGGUGUUGCCAGUAUGAAAUCCGGUGAACGUGCGUUGUUGCACGUGGGAUGGGAGUUAGCUUAUGGAAAGGAUGGAAGUUUUUCCUUCCCGAACGUUCCACCCAUGGCUGAUGUAUUAUAUGAAGUCGAGCUUAUUGGGUUUGACGAGACCAAAGAAGGAAAAGCUAGAAGUGACAUGACUGUUGAAGAACGAAUCGGUGCAGCUGAUCGCAGAAAGAUGGAUGGCAAUGCUUUAUUCAAGGAGGAAAAACUGGAGGAGGCCAUGCAACAGUAUGAAAUGGCUAUAGCAUAUAUGGGUGAUGAUUUCAUGUUCCAGUUGUUUGGGAAGUACCGUGAUAUGGCUUUGGCUGUUAAGAAUCCAUGCCAUCUUAACAUGGCAGCCUGUCUUAUAAAGCUGAAGCGCUAUGAAGAAGCCAUCGCACACUGUAGCAUGGUGUUGACAGAGGACGAAAACAACGUCAAGGCAUUGUUUAGACGAGGUAAGGCUAGAACAGAACUCGGGCAAACCGACGCAGCUCGGGAGGACCUACUAAAAGCACGCAAGUACGCACCAGAGGACAAGGCAAUCACAAGGGAGUUAAAAUUACUUGCUGAACAUGACAAGGCUGUUUACCAAAAGCAGAAGGAGAUCUACAAGGGAAUAUUUGGUCCCAGACCCGAGCCAAAACCGAAGCAUGGCGUAAUAGUUACUCAACUAAUCCUUAUUUGGCAAUGGCUGAUAUCGCUUUUCUACCGUCUCUUCAAGCGCGAAAAACGCCAUGCUGAUUAGGUACACUGAGCUGAGUUAAUUCAUUGUCUCUCUUAUUAGUCUUGAAUUUUCUCCUCUGCAUCAAACAUUAGUUGUUAACACAGGUGGUUUUCAGUGGCUGAGUUGAAUAUUUGUAAUAAUGCAUUCACUUACUCUCUUCUUUACAAACA